AUGGCACCAGACACGAAUUCCAUUGCGGGAUACGCCAUCUACAACAGCGCUGCGGCCGCUGAGUACAUUGAUCCCAAUCCCACCAAAAAUAGAGUUCCACAUCCACUCGACCAGCUCUCCGUACAGGAAGUCUGCGCCGUGACGGAGCUUGUCAAGGCGAAUUUUGGCAAUGUACGCAUGAAAUUCAAUACCAUCACUCUCCAUGAACCGACCAAGGCGUCGUACUUGGAAUUCCGGGACAAUCACGGACGGCGACCAGAGCGCGAGGCCUUUGUCAUUGUUUUUCUCGAGGGGUCUUGCCAUGUGACAGAAGUCAUUGCCAGCGUCACACGGAGAUGCAUCAUCUCGAGCAGAACGCUGGAAGAUGUGAUGCCAAUCCUCACACUGGAGGAUCUCGAUAUCUGCGAGAGAGUCGCCCGCGCUGAUUCUCGUGUGUUGGAGGUGUGCAAAGAGAUAGGGAUUUACAACAUGGAUGAAGUCUUUUUUGACGGAUGGGCAAUUGGCAUCGAUGAACGAUUUGGAUUUGACCGCCGUCUUCAACAAGGACUUGCCUAUUGGCGUAGUUCCAAAGUCGACAAUCAAUAUGCUCACCCGCUUGACUUUGUCGUGGUUAUCGAUACGGAAAGGGAGGAAGUCCUUCGCAUCGACAUCAAGGGGCACAAUGGGCAACGCGUACUCCCACCGCAGGCAAACCACAACUUUUUGCCGCAAUUCAUUGGUCACGAUUAUUUGACCAAUAGGCUGAAACCUCUCAACAUUACACAGCCGAGUGGUGUAUCGUUUACCAUGGACGGCAACCAUCUCUCUUGGGCUGGCUUCCACAUGCAUAUCGGUUUUAAUUACCGUGAGGGAAUUGUGAUUUCCGACGUGUGCGUGGACGAUAUGCACGAGAAGCGUCGCCGCAUGAUUUUUAACCGUUUGAGUGUGGCGGAGAUGCUUGUACCCUAUGGCAAUCCUGAAACCCCGCAUCACAGAAAGCAUGCCUUUGAUAUUGGUGAAUAUGGCAUGGGCUUCAUGACAAAUCCGCUCAAGGCUGGCUGUGAUUGCAAAGGAGCCAUCAAGUAUCUCGAUGCCAUCAUCUCGACGGGCAAAGGCGAAGCUGCAGUCGUCCCCAACGCCGUCUGCAUCCACGAAGAAGACAAUGGUCUUUUAUACAAACACACCGACUACCGCGAUGGGACAGUUGUAUGUGCACGGGACCGAAAGCUUGUGAUUUCGCAAAUUAUUACAGCUUCAAACUACGAAUACGCAUUCUAUCACAUAUUUUCCUUGGACGGCACAUACAAGCUCGAAGUCAAGUUGACAGGUAUUCUCAAUGUAUGGCCGCUAUAUGCAGGCGAAAGUGCCGGUCCGUAUGGAUCUCAAGUCGCCAAGUCACUCAACGCGCACAAUCAUCAGCAUAUCUUUUGCUUGAGAGUCGACCCUGCUAUUGAUGGUAAUCAGAAUACCGUGGUACAGAAUGAUGCAGUUUCCUCUGAGAUUCCCGUCGGGCAGGCCGGCAACUUGUACGGCAACGGAUUCUAUUGCAAGAAAACACCCAUCAGGUCUACCCGGGAUGGAGCUUGCGACUAUUCUCAUGAAACAAGUCGCACCUGGGACAUAAUCAAUCCCAACAAGAUCAACGCUGCCUCGGACAAACCCCCUGCCUACAAAAUCAUCAGCCGCGAAUCCCCGAUCUUGUUGUCGAAACCCGAUAGCCUCAUCUGGCGUCGGGCUGGAUUCGCUCGCCAUACCCUGUGGGUCACCAAGUACAAAGAAGGUCAACGAUACCCUGCUGGAGACUAUGUCUGCCAAUCGACCGGUCACCCAGGAUGGCCUGCCAAUGAGACAAUCGUUGACUGGACAGCAAAAGAUGAGAAUAUCGAGAACGAAGAUAUUGUCUGCUGGUUGCAGUUUGGCCUGACCCAUUUCCCGCGCACAGAGGAUUUUCCAAUCAUGCCGGCAGAGCCCGUUAGCAUCAUGCUCAGGGCAAGCAACUUCUUUGAGAAGAACCCGGCCUUGUGGGUGCCACCGACUACUGUGGACGUGGAUCGAGUAUCGAAAGAUCUGAACAAAUGUUGCGGAACAUCUCAAGUCACAGCAAGUGGUGACAGGGCCAUAUCGACUGCAUGUCGAUUGUGA